AUUUGGUAACAUGACGUCCGCGACCUUAAAUGACGAAUUAUUGACGUCGUAUUAACGUCACCUUGCUAUCUGGGAUCUUGCAGAAAGACAUAGUGAUAGAGUAUCGUCGUAUCUUCAUUACAGUACGGUUUUGAAUUUCGGAGAUAUUAAUUUUCCGGUCGCGCUGAAAAACAUUAAAAAAUUUGAGCAACUUAAUAAUAUUUCCAUUAAUGUGUACGGCAUCGAAGAGGAUAGAUUUGUCUCCCUGAGACUCUCAAAUGAAAAGAAUGAGAAGCAUGUAAAUUUAUUAUACAUGCAAGAUAAGGAAAGCAACGUGGGACACUUUACGAUGAUAAAAAAUUUCUCCCGGCUCAUAAGCUCACAAUUGAGCAAAAAUAAAUGCAGAAAAUACAUUUGCGAUCAGUAGGUAAUAAUUCUUUUAUAAACGUGUUUAUAAAUUUUUUAAAUCAAAUAAUAAAUUUUUUAAAUAAAAUAAUAAUAAAUUAAUUUUUUUUCCUUUGUUAUUCACAGAUGUCUGCACUAUUUCGAUUUUGAGGAAAAAUCACAAUCACACAUUGUAGACUGCAAUCGGAUGAAUGACUGCGCCAUUCUAUUAUCCAUUGAAAAGGACAAGUGGUUGAAGUUUCGUAAUCCAACAACAAGGAGCGACUUCCAUUUGUCGCAUAUACGCUGAUUUGGAGUGUGUACUGCAGAAGACGCAACCUAACACGGAGCAAGGAUUGUACAAAUACCAGCACCACCAGGUAUUCAGCAUCGGAUACUACGUGCGAUGCUCAUUUGACAACACGUUAUCCGUGUAUCAGUUUCGUCGCGAUCACGAUUGUAUAUCAUGGUUUACGAAACAAUUGAAAGAAUUGAUGCAUAACGUUAAGACUCGCUAAUGUUCCCAUGAACGCGUUGUCGAAGAAACAGUGGAAGACGUACCGCAGCGCGACACAUUGCUAUAUCUGUGGUCUAGUUUCCACCGUAGUCUUCAAUCCGAUCCUGCUCCGGUGCGAAUCGAAUUUAAUGUCGGUUUCCACUGGAAGUCGAAUAGAAGUGAGAAAAAAUUGAUAUUUCAGUAGUGCCAACCUUUAGCUAACUUUAGCUUGUUGAAUAUUAACAAACAUAACCUUUGAAUAGCAACACAGUUAGUUGAAGUGUCAAAAAACCGAAAAUUGAAUAGGGUCAGCGGCACGCUAAAUACCAUAUAAAAAAUAAAUACUUAAUUGAGUAAAAAAUGGAUAUAAAAACAAUUUUGUUAAAUCAUCAGUUAAACGUAUCACAUAUAAUUAAUAAUUGCACUUUAGCAAUUAUGCAAACACAUAUCACAUUCUGGCAAAAUAUAUUAAAAAUGCAAGAAAAUAAUACGAAGGUGUUACUUACAAUGGUUAAAGACUUGAAGAAAAUAAAUCGAUCAAAAAGAAGAUUUUGGAUGAAAACUCGCAGUAACCAUUGGUGGAAGAUAAUAGUACCUAACCAUUUUUUAAACGAGGAUUGGCUUGAAUGUUUCAGAAUGAAACGUACAACUUUUCAAUUUAUCUGUGAUGAGUUGCGUUCAGAACUUCAUCCUGCUAUUCCAUUUCUAGUUUCUAGAGAACCAUUAAGUGUUGAACAAAAAGUAGCUAUAACAUUAUAUUAUUUGGCAAGUUGUUGCGAGUAUCGUGUAGUUGCGAAUAUUUUUGGAGUACAUAAAACAACUGUAUGGAGAUGCGUUCAUAAUACAGUUGAUGCUAUUAACAAAAUACUUUUGCCAAAAUUUAUAAAAAUGCCUGAUUUUAAUGAAUGUGCGAUGAUAUCUGAUGCAUAUGAAACUCGUACAAAUGUUCCACAAAUAAUAGGUGCAAUUGAUGGUACCCACAUCCCUAUUCUACCGCCUAUAGAUGGUUAUAAGGAUUAUGUCAAUCGUAAAGGAUGGCCAUCUAUUAUACUUCAAGCGGUAGUAGAUAAUAAUUUAAGGGUUUAGAAAUGUCAACUGCCAAGCCCCUGGAUCUUGUCAUGACGCAGCUGUAUUUAAAAACUCUACACUGUACAAAGAAGCAGAACGGAUCAUUCCAAAAAAAACAAAGUUAAUUAAUGGUGUUGAGAUACCAUAUUUUUUAAUUGGAGAUCCAGCGUAUCCAUUACUACCUUGGUUAAUGAAAGGAUACACAAAAAUUGCACGUUUAACACCACAAGAGGAAUCAUUUAAUGUUUACUUGAAUAGUAAUAGAGUAGAUAUUGAAAUGGCGUUUGGACGUCUUAAAUCACGAUGGCGUUGUUUAUUAAAACGUAUAGAUCUACAUUAUACCAGUGUGCCUAAAGUUGUAAUUGCAUGUUGCGUAUUACAUAAUGUUCUGGAAUUUAAAAAUGAACCAAUUUUACCUCAGUGGAUGCAACAAGUUGAAUCGUCUGAAAAUAUAUUUCCUCAACCUGUAAGAAAUGAAUGUAGAACGUAUGAUUCUUAUGAUGCUUCUAUUACACGAAAUACUCUACGUGAUUAUAUGACAAAAUUUCCUUUAAGAAAAUCAUAUCAAAUAACAUAAAUAAAGUAUAUAAAAUAUUUGACAUGGAUCUAAAUAAAAUAAUAAUUUUAUAC